AUGCUUGUUACAAAUCACACCAUGUUCAUGUCCUCUGUGCUGACCUUUGUUGGAAUCACUGGACUGGAAACUACACAGUGUUGGAUUGGGAUUCCAUUCUGUGCUUUGAUAGGAAAUUCUCUACUUUUGAUCAUCAUCAAAUCUGAACCCAGUCUCCAUGAACGUAUAUAUAUCUUCCUGCCCAUGUUGGGAGCCACAGACAUUGGAAUUAUCACCAGUAUUGUCCCCAAAAUGCUUGGAAUGUUUUGGUUCCACUUGCCAGAGAUCUAUUUUGAUGCUUCCCUUUUCCAGAUGUGGCUCAUCCAAUUUCAGGGUAUUGAAUCAGGAGUCCUGCUGGUCGUGGCUCUGGACCACUAUAUAGCAAUUUGUUAUCCUCUGAGGCAUGCUACUAUAUUCACUGAACAACUAGUCACUCAUAUUGGAGUUGGGGCGACAUUGAGGCCUGCCAUUCUGGUAAUCCCAUGCCUACUGCUCAUAAAGUGCUGUCUAAAACUUCACAGAACCAAGUUAAUAUCCCACACUUACUGUGAACACAUGGCCCUUGUGAAGCUUGCCACUGAAUAUGUUUACAUCAAUAAAUUCUAUGAUCUCUUUGGAGCUUUUACUGUUGGUGGCCUUGACUUCGUUUUGAUCACCCUCUCUUAUAUACAAAUAUCUAUCACUGUGCUCCACCUGCCCCAGAAAAAGGCAUGUCUUACGGUAUUUAAUACAUGUAUUCCCCACAGGUGUAUCUAUUUCCAAUUCUAUCUCCUUGCUUUUUCUCACAGAUCUGGAUCUUGUAUCCCAUCAUAUAUACAUAUCAUCUUGCCAAACCUUUACCUACUGGUUCCUCCUUUACUCAAUCCCUUUGUCUGUGGGGUGAAGCCCAAAUACAUCCUAGAUAAGGGAGUAAAAAUGUUGUGUUCCAAAAUCCAGGUUUGA